AGGUGGGGAUUGCAUCAGGAGAUGGGCCGUACAAGGAGGGAGUUCGAAGGGGGCAGUUCGGAAUAGAGUUGAGGAAUGUGAUGACGGUCGACGCAUUGGGCCUGCCACUUGAACCAGAUGGGCUUCACUUGAACACUCCGGCCCAAGUUAAACUGGGCGGGCUUUUGGCUGAUGCAUAUCGUCGAUUUCCAUCUCACCCACUCGCCAGCCCAUUAAGAAACGCUGCUCCCUCGGUUUCCUCUGCUUUUAGUUUUGGUUUCGAUGUUUUCGUAUUUGGAAUUUUGAGAUUUGUGUUGCCACUGCCACGUGCGAGUGUUUUGUCAUGACCACAAAGGACACAACUUUGGAUGUAAUUGGGAUGGUGGAGUUAUAUAUAUUGUUCCAUUUCUAA